AUGUACAACCCCGUACUGGAAGCGACGCGAGUGUCCUCGUCACAAAGCAGUCGUGACUCUCAGAGCACCGCUGUCUCUUCGGGAACAAACGUCGCAGGGGUCAACUCCGACAAGGCCUCUUCGAACUUCGCAGGGUCUGCAACAAAAAUUGUACCGGGGGGAGAAAAGCCUCAGCCCGCUCCCGGUCAUGCGGCCAAGAAGAGGUACACUCUGCAGGACGGCAGGGCAGUCCUCACCGAGCGGGAGGCGUACGACAACUUGGGAUUCAGCUUCCCUACCUGGAAGAAGUGGUCCAUCCUCUCUGUCAUCUUCGCGAUCCAGGUGUCCAUGAACCUCAACGCGUCGCUGUAUGCCAACGCCGCUCCACUGCUGAGCAACCACUUCCACAUCAGCGAACAGGCGGCUCGGGUUGGCCAAAUGAUCUUCCUUGUCGCGUAUGCCUUUGGGAGCGAGCUGUGGGCGCCGUGGUCCGAGGAGCUCGGACGCUGGCCUAUUCUCCAGCUGAGCUUGUGCCUAGUUAACAUUUGGCAGAUUCCAUGUGCACUGGCUCCCAACUACGGGACCAUCGUCGUGGCUAGGUUUCUCGGCGGCAUUUCUUCAGCGGGUGGAUCCGUGACACUCGGCAUGGUCGCCGACAUGUGGACGGCACAAGAGCAACAAUUCGCGGUCGCAUUCAUAGUGUUCUCCUCGGUCGGUGGGUCCGUCAUCGGCCCCAUUUUCGGUGGCCUUAUCGAGGCAAACCUAUCAUGGCACUGGAAUUUCUGGAUACAGCUCAUCGCGGGCGGCGUUGUCCAGGCCGUGCACUUCUUCUUCGUCCCCGAAACGUGCGCCAAAGUCUUGCUCGAUCGCGAAGCUAAGAGGCGCCGCAGAGCGGGUGAGGAAGUCGUGUAUGGUCCGUCGGAGGUUGAGGAGAAUCGGUUUGCGCCGCGGAAGAUCCUCACGAUCUGGAUACGGCCGUUCCACAUGUUCCUCUGCGAGCCGAUCGUGCUCUUCCUGUCACUCCUGAGCGGCUUCAGCGAUGCGCUCAUCUUUACAUUCCUCGAGUCGUUCGGACCUGUCUUCAGGCAAUGGGGGUUCACCACCGAAACGAUGGGUGCAGCCUUCGUGGCAAUCGCUGUGGGGUAUUUUAUUGCGUAUGCGUCGUUUAUACCCUGGAUAUGGAAGCAACGCAACCAACUCCGGAAGGACCCGCACUCGUUGCAGCCGGAGGCCCGUCUGUGGUGGCUCCUCUUCACUGUGCCUCUGGAGCCGAUUGGGCUGUUCGGCUUCGCAUGGACGAGUUUCGGCCCACCGCACGUCCCCUGGAUCGCGCCGAUGAUCUUCGCAGCAAUGAUUGCUAUUGCGAAUUUCGCGAUCUACAUGGCUACCAUCGACUAUAUGAUCGAGGCAUACGGCCCCUACGCAGCGUCAGCGACAGGUGGAAACGGGUUCGCAAGAGACUUCCUAGCAGGCAUUGCAGCCCUCUAUUCCGUUCCACUGUACACGAACCUCGGACCUCAUUCGCUCGAAUGGGCAUCGACGCUCCUCGGCUUCCUCGCCAUUCUCGUCGCCAUCCCGGUAUACAUAUUCUACUGGAAGGGACCCGAGAUCAGGGCGCGCUCCCGGUUCGCGCAGGAGCUCGUACGGAGGGAAGAGCGGGAGGAAAAGGAGGCGACGGAGGAGGGCGCUGCGGGGAUGGGCGGUGUGCGCACUGGGAUUGUAUAG